AGCCGAUCGUGAACUCAGAGGAGGUGACAACUGUCAGAGGACCGGCCAGCAUAAAGAAGACUUCAGCUUAUUACAGUCUGAGAUGGAGACCAUGAAGAGUGCCAGGAAGAAUGAUGCAGGAGAAGUCGGCAGUGACUUAUCAGAGCAGAUUAAAGCAGCCACUAAGGACAGUCACGUCAGAGCUGAAAACACACAGCUGAUGCUGAGUUACCAGAAAGGACAGAUCACCCUGCCACAGUACAAGGUCCUGUUGUGUUCCCUCUACGAGAUCUACAUGGCACUAGAAGAGGAGAUGGACAGAAAUUCCUCCCAUCCAGCUGUUGCACCAAUAUACUUCCCUCAGGAACUUGCCCGUGUGGAAUCUCUCGAAAGAGACCUGGAGCACUUCUUCGGCAAAGACUGGAGGAAGAGGGUGAUCGUACCCGCAGCCACACACAGAUACCAGCAAAGACUACGAAAGAUUGGCAAAGAGAGCCCAGAGCUGUUGGUGGCCCACGCCUACACCCGUUACCUUGGUGAUCUGUCAGGAGGUCAAGUGCUGGGGAAAAUUACCCAGAAAUCUCUUGGGCUGAGCAGCAAAGAUGGGCUUGCGUUUUUCUCCUUCCCCGGCGUGACCAGCCCCAACCGCUUCAAGCAGCUGUACAGGAGCCGGAUGAACAGCAUCGAGCUGACAGAGCAGCAGAAGGCGGCCAUGCUGGAGGAGGCCGUCGCCGCCUUCGAGCACAACAUCCAGGUUUUUGAUGACUUGCAGAAAAUGUUGAGUGUCACAACAGAAACAGUGCAUCAAUCAGAGGGCAACGCUGUCAAAACUUCCAUGUUCCCAUCUUCACCCAUCAUGCAGAUCACCGUGGGAUUAUGCGUCGCACUGACCACCAUCGGAAUGGGACUCUAUGCCUUGUAGGCUUUAACCAGCACUUGUAGUUGAUGCGCACUUACAGCACUUUACUGAUCAACUAACACAUCAAAUGGAAGCAAGACUGAAAUUUGUGUGUCAGAUAUAUAUCUAUAUCUAGAUAUAUAAAAAAUUUAAUCACAGCUGAAAGUGAUUUUCUUAACUUGUCAUUUGUAUGAGCUUUAUUAAACAAUCCUACACUGUGAAAACUGU